UCGUGAGGACCGAGGCGAGAUUGAGGAAAAGGCUUGGAGAGGAUCAAGUGGCUGCGAUCAUUCGCUCUGGUUGUCCGUUCCUUGCGGAAGCAGUCUUUCUAAACCGUUCACUCACUCAGACAGGCACGUAGUUCUGCAAUGACUUGAGACAGUAGCGCGUGGAUUAUGCUUUGCAGCGUUCGUGUACCAAGGCUAAGAUUUCGACGUUAGCAUUUAGUUCUGGCUGCAUGGGGUCACCCAGAAAGAAUCGGGACACGCAAGGAUGGCUGGCUGCUCAAGUCUUCCCUGCCUUCAUGUCCCAGCUAGUCAGCUAGAUGCGUACCCUAGCUGUCUGGCUGGCUCCGAAUCAUUGUCGCUUCACUCUUGAGUCGCCUUAUCUUGUUUUUCAGUUAGCACGUCAUUAUUAUACGCCUUCCGCAAUCUGACAAGUGCUUGUCACCUCCCUCCCAGCCAGGUGAAACAACCCUAGUUAGACGAGGCCACGACGGCGUCAAUCGUAACGGCGUCAAUCCUAGCAUCCUCAAGACAGAAUCGGGACAGUGUCCCAAGAGACCACAUGUCAGCAUCUCGAGUGUUCCCUACCGCUAGUCCUUCACUAUUUCAGGAACCCCAUAGAUAAGGUCGAAAUAUAGAGAGUGCAACGUACUAACCAAGCCCCAAUUUCCUGUCGCGUAGCGGGUAGGCUCGGGGUGAGAGAGAUUAUUUAUUUUUCAGCAUUCCUUGUAGCCGGCAAUUCAGCAUUCCGUGUAGUCGGCAAUGUCGUGCAACGGGUUGGCCAUGCUUGAUCCUCCUAGAGACAGGCAGGGCUUUCCCGAAGCUACAGGACGCGGAGAUUUCGUAGGUUCGGGGCCGAGCGGAGGAGGUUCGGCGAGAGGAGCAGCUGGCUCGGUGGGAAAAGGCGACGCCGCCUAUGCAGAAGCAGGAGGCGGAGGAAGCGGGGGAGGAGAUGGCGCAGGCGCGGCAGGACCUCCCGCAAUGCCCGCGCGCGGGGGAGGCCGAGUGUCCGCAAUCCGCAGCUUCUUUCCGCGCAGCCGAUCGGUUUCGGUAGACUAUUCCGCCUCCUCCUCCUCCCCCGGCUCCCCGCUAGGUCUCCCCGCCAGCAGCGCCAGUUCUAGGCGCACCUCUGAAUCGGACGAAGCCCGCCGCUCCUCCCCGCUCGGGUCCCCGCUCGGUCAGCGCAGCGGGGGAGGCGUUGCAGCAGCACCGGCUUGGGGGGCUGGGGACCCGCGGCAAGUGUCCCGCCCUCCGCCUCGCUACGAUCCCCGCGUGGGUCGGCAAUUCUCCCCCCUCAGCAGUUCCGCGCUGUCCCCCGCUCCCCGCCCCCCUUCCCCGCUUCUCGAGUCAUCCCUCCCCGCCUCAGCAACCCUAACAGACGCCAGCGCCACCGGCGGCGGCGGCGGCGGCGGAGUAUCCGGGGGACCAGUGAACAGUCAUAUCAAUGCGCUGCGGUCGAAUCGACACGUGCGCGCGCAGUCCGUCGACGUGUCGUCCCUCGAUUUCUCCUUCCCCGUUCCGGACGCGGGGGGCCUGGGCGCGCAGGGGGCGCCGCGCGCAGCGGAAGGAGGCGGCGCAAGGGGAAGCGCGGGGGAAAGGGCGGCGGACGCGCCGCAGAAGUCCCCCACGGGGUUCAGAUUAGGGUUUGGGUUGGGUAUCCGGCCGAGCAGCAGCCACGGCGGCCGCCCGAACACCAGUCACGGGCGGCUGGGCGGCGCAGCAGCCACGGGGAGACCGGGGAGCGGGGGGAGCAGGCCGGGGAGCGGGGGAAGCAGACCUGGAAGCGGGUUCGAAGGGGACGGCCUUGCGGAGCGGGUUAAGGAGCGCGAAGGGCGGGCGCACGGGCGUCGGGCGUCGGUAGAUUUCGGAUCCAUGGGUGCCGCUACCCCCUCGUCCGCCAGCGAGCCGUUAUCCCCGUUUGAAGCAGCCAAAGCGUCGCUCUUUGCGAGUCAGCAGCGCCAGCGGGCGGGGCCGGGGGGAGGGGCGAGCGGAGGGAUGGGAGGAGUCGCGGGCGGAGGAAUUCCCCGGGGUAGCAGCGUCGACAGCUCCGGGCGCGCUAUUGAGUCCCCCCGGGCAGUUGCUAGGCGCGGGCUGCAGUACGGGUUCGGUUCGGAUAGCCGCGGAAUGGAGGUUCGGGCCGAGGCUCGGAGCCCGAACCUGUCCGGAACGCGGUCUCGGCACAGGCUCUCCGCAGGCUCGGACAUUGUCGAUUCAGGUGGGAGCGAGUCACCUGGGUAUUCACCUGAAAUGCUGGUAUCGCCGCAUGGGGGGGCGUUGUCUGGGAGCAGGAGCAUGGGGAGCGCGCCGAUGGGGGGGGGCGCAGGGGGGAUGGUGGGCGCACUAUCCAACUGGGGCACUCGGCGCUCGGGGCUUAACCCGCCGCGGCUGCAGGUGGAGGUGCACGCGGAAGAGGAGGAGGGGGAGGGGGAAGGGGAGGAGGGUGAGGAGUAUAGGGAGGAGGAAGAGGAGGACGCUAUGUCCCCGCUACCAGGGGAGCGGGGAGAAAGACAAAACCUGCCGCCCACAGCGGGGAAGAGUAAGUCGCCUCUUAGGUCGCGGAUAGCGGCAGUGGCGCGCUCUAUAAAGCACGGGCUGCACAGCCCCGCGGCGGCCGCCAUGGGGGGAAGCGGAGGCCGUUUCCGCGCAGGGGGGCCGGGCAUGGGGAUGGGGGGGCUCGCGGGGGGAUUGGGCGGAGGGGGAGGUGCGGGGCCGGGAGGGGCUGGCGCGGGCCGGGGGCAAAGGCACCGGCGGGCAAUUUCGGUUGAUUUUAACCAAGCCCCGGUUUUCACUGCUGCUUCCCCCCGGGGGUUGCCUGGAGAAGGGGCGGAGUCAGCAGAGGGGGACCCCUCCCUGUCCCUCUCCCCCCCAAACGCACUAUACGCCCCUGGCGCGGACCCUGUGUUUGAUGCCAUGUCACCCCGCCUGCUCACCCCCAAGGGCUUCAGCACUGGCUUCGGCGCCGCUGCUAGCCCCGGACCUGCAGGCUCGGGGAUGCUAGGCCCGGCAGUGCCAGGCUCGGGCGCUGCUGCAGUGGCUGGGCGGCAGUUAGCCGGCCAGCACCGCCGGCACCACUCGUUCGCGGACCAGGCAUGGGCGGCAGGGGGAGGGGCAGGGGGAGGGGGAGGGGGAGGGGGAGCGAUGGAGUCCCCCAGGCGGAUGGGGAGCGGGGGGGGCGCGACCUUCCUUCCCCCCCGCAGCCCUUUAACCAUGGGGGCAGGGGGCAGCGGGGCGUGGGGGGAUGGUUCGAUUCCAGGGGAAUUUACCCCUUCUUUAUUGCAGUCACCCAAGCCCCCUCGGUCACCUUACCAAAACGAAUUCUCCCAAGACAGAGCAGCAGCAGCAGCUGCUGCCGCCGCCGCUGCUAAUGCUGGUGCUGGUAGUGGUAGUGGUGCUGGUGCUGGGUCGUUGCCGCUCACGCCGGGGCGAAACCGGGCGCUGCUAGCAGCGAGGGGUGGGGGGGGAGGGCUGAUGCGGGGGAGCGCGCGAGAGAGGCCCACUCCGAGAGACGACGAGGGGGAUGUGUGGGAGGCCGCUGCAGCCGCAGAGGCAGGCGUGGGAGGCGGGGGGUGGGGAGCAGGGGGGGCAGGGGGAGCGGGGGGGGCAGAGGGAGCGGGAGGCGGAGUGAGAGGGGGAGGGGGGGCGUACGAGCUGCGCAAGGCGGGCAGCAGCAGCCGCCUGGAGCACGCGCUGGUGCCGGACCACCGCGUGCAGGGCAGCCUCGCCUUCCACCGCUUGCACUCCGCACGCGAACCCGACGCCAGCCCCCCCGCCCCCGCCUCUCCCCUCGCCCCCCCUCCGGGGAGAACGCCCGUGGGGAGGGGAAGAGGGGCGGAGAGGGCGGGGGCAGGUGCGGGGAUGGGCGUGGGGAUGGGCGCGGGGCGUGGUGGCAUGGGACGCAUGGGUGCGAACGCUGGUGCUGGUGCUGGGCGUGGUGGCAGUGGCAGCGGCAGCAGCAGGGGCGGGGUGGUCCCCUCGUGCGCGUCGCUGGACAGUGCAGGCAUCGACGCGUCCCCCCUGGCUGUCUUUGCCCACUCCGCCAUUCCCGAUCGCCCCAGCACGGCCUCUGGACCUAGCAGGCGGCUCAGGACUGCUGGCUGGGGGCGGGUGAGGGUGGAAGGAGUGAGGGUGGAAGGGAGGGGGGAGGCUGUGGGGGGGUGGGAGGGAGACGGGGGAGAGGGGGAGAUUGGGGAGGGGGAGGAAGAGCAGCAGGAGCAGGAGCAGGAGCAGCAGCAGCAGCAGCGGCAGCGGCAGUUGAGGCAGGGACGGGGACAGGCAGCUUUCGCUGGUGUGAGUGGGUGGGGGGGGGACAUCAUUACCAAUAGCAGCAGCGCCACUGCCAGCGACGCCAGUGCCAGUGCCAGUGCCAGUGCCGCUGCUACCACUGCUAGCAGUGGCGGCGGCGGCGGCGGCAGCAGCAGGAACAGCAGCAGCUCGGUGCGUAGCAUGAGGCGAAACAUGAGCACUAAUUGCCUGACAGAGACAGUCAAAGGCGCCGGAGGAGGAGGGGGAGGAGGGGGAGGAGGGGGAGGAGGGGGAGGAGGGGGGGGAGGAGCAGCAGGGGAAGCAGCUGGGACUACAGCCCUAGACAGCAAGGGACAGGGGCUCGUGGGGCAAAGGGGGGGACCGGUGCGGCGCAACACAGUGGACCCUCAUGCGGAGCAGUUUAUAAAGAGUCUGAGCCAGUAUAUCAGCCGCGGGCUCACUGGGGAGCUGGGGAUGUAUGGCGGCGAGGGGGGGGAAGGAGAGAAGGGGGAGGCCGAAGCCAACAUGUGGCAGAUGAUGAACUCAGGGAACAUGAGGUGGACAGAUUUUAUUCUCCGAAUGCCGUACGACGAUGUGAAGAAGUUCUACUCGGUCAGCGCCACCAAGAUCGGCAGCGGGCGGUACGGCGUCAUUCGGACGUGCCUCAGCCGCAAGACGCGCACGGUGCUGGCGUGCAAGACGAUCCGGAAAGAUCAAGUCAAGUGCAUGGAGGACGCAGAGGACGUGCGCACGGAGGUGAUCAUCCUGGGCAUGUUGCGCAACCACCCGUGCAUCAUCAGCCUGCACGAUGCGUUUGAGGAUGGCAAGUAUGUCCAUCUCAUAAUGGAGAUGUGUCGGGGCGGGGACCUCUUCGACCGGGUGAAGGAGAGAGGGCAGUUCAAAGAGACCGACGCUGCUAUCGUGUGCCGGUCGCUGGUGGAGGCGCUGCUGCACUGCCACUCCAACGGGGUCAUUCACCGGGAUGUGAAGCCCGAGAACAUUCUCAUGUGCGAUAAGGACGUGGACACCAAGAUCAAGCUCAUUGACUUUGGUGUGGCAACGUUUUACAAGCGAGGUGUCCCUCGUACCGACAGGGCAGGCACAGUUGAGUACACAGCCCCCGAGGUCCUGGACAAGAGCUACGGGCCGGAGUGUGACAUCUGGAGCGCGGGAGUGGUGCUCUAUAUUCUGCUCUGCGGCUUCCCGCCCUUCUGGGCGGCGACCAACGCUGAGCUGGAGCAGAUCAUCCGGGCGGCAGCGGUCGACUUCCGGCACCCGCGGUGGGUGGCGGUGUCGGACGGCGCCAAGGAUCUGGUGCAGCGGAUGCUGACGAAGGAUGUGAGGCGGAGAAUAUCUGCGCUCGAGAUUUUUGGACAUCCGUGGAUAAGAGCAGCUGAGAUAAAAAAGUUAUCCGAAAACAAGCAGCAAGCCCCAGGUGGUACCCCGCCUGCCUGAAAGCAGCGUUACGUCACUUGCACAUUGACUUGGACUAACAUUGACUUACAACAACUCAUUGUAACAGUGGAUGUGCGGUUUUGUCCAUUGCGUAUUAGUUCCGUAAUUGACUCAAGGAUCAGAGUUGGAAGUAGGUUUUACGUAGCGUAACAUUUGUGGGGAUGGAAGUAGAACCAAGAGUAGAAAAUAAUUUGGCUUGUCUUGUUUUGCUAAUGCAUGUGAGUGC